AUGCUGUACUCCGAAAGGCCCACGGCUGCGAACAAGUCCGACGCAUGUAGCGAGAUACCGCCGGCACGAUGGGAAGCGUACCCGCGUCGGGAUGCUGCCAGUGCACGAAUACUGGCCAACGUCACCAAGCGGGGAUAUUUCGUUGACGGAAUAGCAAACUUCGACGCUGCGUUCUUUGGGAUCUCUGCGAGAGAAGCCGAGCAACUGGAUCCACAGCAACGGAUGUCCCUGGAAGUGGCGUGGGAGGCGCUGGAGCAUGCGGGGAUCCCCCCGUACAGCCUGGUGGGAUCCGACACGGCCGUAUUCAUGGGUGUCAAUACCGAUCAACUCAUCUUGUCCGCCACCUCGGACUCGUUUGAGCGAGUGCUAGCACCAAAGGUGGGCGGCUCUCUCGUACUGCAUCGGCUGUUUCCUCCGGGAACGUUGGAUUUGCUCAUUCUUUUCUCCUCCUGUGGACAUCAGUUCGGCUUCCCGGGACAAGGCUCGUACGCGUCCGAGAAUAGCUUCCUGAACAGCCUUGCCACGCACCGUCAAUCCCUCGGUGACAACGCCAUUGCUAUACACUGGAUCUGUUGGCGUGGGAUGGGAAUGGCAGCAAGCCCCGCCGCCUUCCUGUAUGCCGAGCUUGCCGCCAAGGGCAUCACCGAUAUAUCCCGCGACGAAGCGUAUCAAGCCAACGAGCCCCUGGCUAGCCCUAUUCUGGGUGAGAUCGCCGUCCGAAAGCGCGCCACGACAACACUCGAUAAGCCACCGUUAACGCCGGCUAGAUCGUCCUCCUCCAGUAGCCAGAGCCUCAAAGCUGUGGCCACGGCUAUUGCCGACAAUGUAGUGACUGUGCUGCAGCUGGAUCCGGAUGAUGUAGACUACAAAGUGCCACUCAGCAGUAUGGGGCUGGACAGCGUCAUGAUGGCCCAUCUGAGGACCCAGCUGCGCAAAACCCUCGGGCUGCAAGUCCCUACGACUCUGACUUGGAACUACCCGACUAUCGAACAUAUGGCUUCGUGGUGCUGGGAAAGGUUGCAGGUGGAAUGA